AUGUCGUUUGGAACCGCUAUCCUCGGACCCCGUACGCGGCCAUUGGCAGUAAAGGCUCUCAUCAGGUACUACAACUUGGACAUUACCGUGUAUGACUCGUUCGAUGGUCAUCCCGAAUUCGAAAGGGCGUUUCCCCGCAAAAUGGUGCCCGUAUUAAUCACGACGGAAGGUCUUCAGCUCAGUGAAGCGUUGGCCAUUUGUCAGUAUAUCUUUGCAAAAGUUGAUCCCCAAUGUGAAUGGUUGGGGAUCAACGAUGAGGAACGGGCUCAGAUAGCCAUGUGGACUUCGUUUGUCAACUCUGAUGUGCUACCUACCGCAGGUUACGUGUUUAAACCGUUGAAGGGAGACAACAUGCCCUACAACGAAGAAUCUGUGGCGAGGCAUGAUCAAAAGCUAGCAACGCAAAUGAACGCAUUUGAAAUGACGCUAGCCCACCAGCCAUUUCUUAUCGGUGACCGUUAUACCUGGGCCGAUAUUUACUGCGUCUUGAUGCUUUGGAAACCAUUUGCGUGGUUAUUUGAUCAGCAGUGGCAACAACAGCAUCCCCACACUACCGAGUGGUUUCAAAUCAUGUUGGAACAGCCAGUUGUCGCGGAUGUGUAUCCCCAGCACGAACCUCCACUAUGCCAAGAGAGAAUCAAACGUGUGGACCCGGCUACAUAA